AACGUAAAGCUGUUCUAAUCCAUUCCGCAACGUAAGAAAAAGAAACGAAACUUCCAGAUCCACUACCACCACCAGCCAAUUGUAUUUGUCAGCAGCAGCAGCAGAAAUAGAAGAAUAAGAUGAGGAGGAUGAGCGGUGUGCUUGUGCUCAUUUUUUACAUUUUAAGUUUGCUUCUUCCUCUCCCAACCACUACAGCUUCUUCCCGUUGUUCUAUCAAAGGGUUGCCACUUGUGAGGAAUAUCAGUGAGCUUCCACAGGAUAACUAUGGAAGGGGAGGUUUGUCUCAUAUCACUCUUGCUGGUUCUGCAAUGCAUGGAUUGAAAGAGGUUGAGGUAUGGCUUCAAACAUUUUCUCCAGGCUCGCGCACUCCAAUCCACAGGCAUUCUUGUGAAGAAAUAUUUGUUGUCCUUAAGGGAAGUGGAACUCUCUAUCUUGCAACAAGUUCACACGAGAAGUAUCCUGGAAAGCCUCAAGAAUAUUUUGUGUUUGCCAAUAGUACAUUUCAUAUUCCUGUCAAUGAUGUUCACCAGGUCUGGAAUACCAAUGAACAUGAGGAUUUGCAAAUGCUUGUCAUAAUAUCUCGCCCACCAGUUAAAGUGUUCAUUUAUGAGGACUGGUUCAUGCCCCAUACUGCAGCAAAGUUGAAGUUUCCCUAUUACUGGGAUGAGCAAUGCCUCCUAGAACCUCCAAAAGAUGAACUUUGAUAUCCACUCCUUGCGCAUAUAUGCUAACACACACAUGGACUUUCUUAUCGUGGACUGAUAAAUAUUGAUAUGGAAGUUGUCUUGAAAUUCAGGAGCUUUAAAGCGAUUUACCUAUUUUGCAACAUCAGCUGAGAAUUUCAGAAGUUGUAUAUAUUUUGGGAACUUUUAAAUGUACUCCUGACUGGAAUGUGGAUUUUGAUGUUUUUCAUUCUGCUAUACGGUUUCCACGUUAUCAUGCAGCAAAGGCUUUUGUUUCCAUAUGAUUGAGAAAUGGUAAUUUCUUGGGGUAAUUGCAAA